GUCUGUUCCUAGUAGUGGAAGAAGAAUCUGUCGUGAGCGUGACACAGUCAGGGAGCCGUGCUUUCGAUUUAUAAAGUUAUCCAGUUCUACUCUCGUGACCACUCCAAGUCUGUUCAAUGAUGACUUCGAAUCCGGACCAGGUGAUCCGCCUCAUAAUCUCGGAUAUAAGGCUUGGUACCCGUUCGACGUCGACGUCAGCUCUGCUACAGUCCCGGUCGAGGUCGACAGAAACGGUCAACUUUACCCAAGAUAGCGGGACUGAGACAGACCCCCCGAAGAGCGUGGUUACCAACCGCAAAAAGCGUCGCACAAUGUGGUGCCUCGUCGCGCUCGCCGCGGCACUAGCUCUUGGAAGCUUCUUAAUUUUAUAUGGCAUUGUGCCGGCCUUCCCACCGGCACAUAACAACACUUCACCCCCGUGCCUAACAACUCAAGUCACUGAAGAAAGUCCACGACCAUCACCAACGGGCAGCUCUAACAACGCUGGUGAGUAA